AUGCAGAGCGACCGCAGAGGAGGAGAGGAGAAGGUUCCAUUGUUAGAUGGAUCGUCACCGACCGUCCGAGUACCAGAGCCAGAUGAGCAUCAUGAUCAAAAGUUGGUAAGGAGGGUCUGGAUCGAAUCAAAGAAGCUUUGGCACAUCGUCGGCCCUGCCAUACUUAGCCGCGUCGCGUCCUUCUCCAUGAAUGUCAUUACCCAAGCUUUUGCAGGCCACCUGGGUGAUCUGGAGCUCGCUUCCAUCUCCAUCGCUAACACUGUUAUCGCUGGUUUUGCCUUUGGUCUCUUGUUGGGGAUGGCGAGCGCGUUAGAGACGUUGUGUGGGCAGGCAUUCGGAGCGAAGAGGUACCACAUGUUAGGGAUCUAUAUGCAACGCUCAUGGAUAGUUAUGGUCCUCUGUGCGGUUCUGCUCCUGCCCAUGUACAUAUUCGCCACGCCUAUUCUAAAGUUAUUGGGGCAACCCACAGAUGUGGCGGAGCAAGCGGGGUUGGUGUCCAUUUGGUUAAUCCCACUUCACUUCAGCUUCGCUUUUCAGUUUCCAUUGCAGAGGUUCUUGCAGAGCCAGCUUAAGACAGCCGUGAUCGCCUGGGUGUCGUUGGCAGCUCUGGUGGUUCACGUCUUCGUGAGCUGGUUAUUUGUUUACGGGCUUAAGUUUGGUAUGGUGGGAACUGCAAUAACUCUGAACUUCUCGUGGUGGGUUUUGGUUCGUCUGUUUGGUUAUACGGUUUGCGGUGGUUGCCCUCUGUCUUGGACUGGAUUCUCCAUUCCAGCCUUCUCUGGCCUCUGGGAGUUUCUAAAACUCUCAAUAGCAUCAGGGGUCAUGCUCUGCUUGGAGAAUUGGUACUACAGAGUUCUGGUAUUGAUGACUGGGAACCUGAAAGAUGCCAAGAUUGCGGUCGAUGCCUUGUCUAUCUGUAUGACAAUCAACGGGUGGGAGAUGAUGAUUCCUCUUGCGUUCUUCGCUGGAACUGGGUACGAAUUCUUCACUUAUUCUUGUUCUAUCUGA